CGAAUUUCAUGUAAUACCGAAAUAAAACCGUUACCAGUGAAAUAUUUAACACAAUCGUCUACUUGAUUGCAAUUAAUACUCAUCGUGCGGCUACAAUGUUGUCGUAUUAGGCAUUCUGAAAGCAACUUUCUCCAUUAUCAAUAAUCUUAAUCUCGAUGAAAAUAGUUUUCGAAUUUGAAAUUUCUGUUUCGACGUUAUAACGUGGAAACGUUAAAAACGAUUAAUAUUUUGUUACACAAAGCUUUAUGGUUCUAUUCUUGUCUAUCAUAUUUUGAGAAAAUUGUUACUUGUCAUCUGAUUGUGAUUCACGAAUUGUUUAAUAUCGGUAUCCUGGAGAAAGUAUCCGCUACAAUGAUGUCGAUCGAAUGCUACUCACGUUUUAUGCCAAUUGCUUCCGUGGUAUAUAGUUCCCCACAGAAUUUCUUGGCAUCGUAAUACCAUUGUGAUUCUCGCCGACGAUAAUACUGCGCUUCUAUUAUACGAAUAUCACAUUAAGAUAAUUUGUAUAAGUUUUCAUAAUGUUGAAACACGCGAUUGUCGUCAGUGCAUUGUGUUACCUCGUCAUAGCUGAGCCACCCGUUCAAGCUGUAAAGCCGAACAUAAUAGGAAGUUCCGAACAACAUACCUCUUUCAGUUUUAUCCGACCGGGAUUAACGCAAACAUCGUUCGCAUUCAACGGGCCGAGUUCCCAUCAAUCUUUCGCAUCUAGUAUCGGCAAUCCUCAGUUAGCGCAAAAAGUUUUGCCAAGUUUAGCGCAUGCCCUCGCCUAUAGAAAUCCUGGCUUAGGGUAUUAUUCAUUUGGCUCUAUCCCGAAUGGUGCGAUUCCGCAACAACCAACUUUUGCAGCAUCUGCAAUCGGACCAUUAGCUUAUCAGGCGGUUGCAGAUCCCGCUACUACAUUAGCGUACAUGCAGCAAUUGCAGCAGCCACAACAAGCAUAUUUGCAUGCAUAUCAACCGAAUACUGCUUACCAGUUACAAUUAGCGCAAUUGCUUGCGCUUAGACAGGCACAGCUUGCGCAAGCUCAACAAGGACAAUUACAAGCAGUUCAGUCAGAGCAGGUGCCUGAACAAAUUCAGUUACAACGGCAAGAACAGCAACCAGAACGACAGCAAAAUUUAUUAGGAAUCGCUUACUCAUCUGCCCCAUCUGUGGCGCAUGUAAAGGUUUCCGGAAAUGGAUACAAGUUCAACUUUUAAUGUUAGAUAUGGUUAUUGUUUUAUAUUGUACAUAACACAGAAAUAAUUCUUCUUUAAUUAUAAUUUUUGACACAUAUAUAUGCAGAACACGAGCGCAUUGAUAUUUAUUGUAAAAAGAUAUAUUACAAAUAAGAGAAUUCACACAUAUAUUUUGCAUACUCAAGUAGCAAUCAAGCAUAAUAUUUAAAAAUUACUCACUGCAAUUAUUUUAUAAAAAUAAAA